AGGUCUGUCUGCCUUGCUAACUAGUGCUGCAGCAGAGGAGAGAGACAGAGAAGAGAAAGAGAGAGAGAGACGAGGCGCACACGCUCACUCCAGUGCUGCAGGACUGCAUGAGAGGAACUGAGAUAAUAUCCACACCACCAGCAUCCAUCACAGGAGCUAAAGAGCCAUCUCAGCCCGGCUGGUCACGGCACUAUGGCACAAGCCGCCAAACAUCUGCGCAAGAAUAAGGAUUUAGAGGCGCUCGCCGAACAGGAGCGGAAGGAGAAAGAGGAGGAGAAGGCGAAGAAAAGGAGCCGCUCGCGGGAUAAAAAGCGCAAGGCCCACGUCGUUCAUCGCUGGCUAAUCGAUCAGGACAAUAGUGUGAGCUCUGAGCUGCCGGAUGGCCAGGGAGUGUGGCUCUGUGAUGAAACAACUGAUGCUGGCACCAGUUUCCUCCGUGCAGCUCGCUCAGGUAACCUGGAGAAGGCUCUGGACCACAUCAAGAAUGGCAUCGACAUCAACACAGCCAAUCAGAAUGGACUCAACGGGCUGCACUUGGCCUCGAAGGAAGGCCAUGUUAAAAUGGUGCUGGAGCUACUGCACCACGGCAUUGUUCUAGAGACCACCACAAAGAAAGGAAACACUGCCCUUCACAUAGCUGCGUUAGCUGGACAGGAGCAGGUGGUCACCGAGCUGGUGAACUAUGGAGCCAAUGUCAACGCUCAGUCUCAGAAGGGCUUCACUCCUCUCUACAUGGCUGCACAAGAGAAUCACCUGGAGGUUGUGAAGUUUCUCCUGGAUAAUGGAGCCAAUCAGACCAUUCCAACCGAGGAUGGCUUUACCCCUCUUGCUGUGGCUCUUCAGCAGGGCCAUGAGAAUAUUGUGGCCCUGCUCAUCAACCACGGUACCAAGGGCAAGGUCCGCCUUCCUGCACUGCAUAUCGCUGCCCGAAACGAUGACACCAGAACUGCCGCUGUGCUUUUACAGAAUGACCCAAAUCCUGAUGUCUUGAGCAAGACAGGCUUCACGUCGCUCCAUAUCGCAGCCCACUAUGAAAACCUGAAUGUUGCCCAGCUUCUUCUGAACAGAGGAGCUGAUGUGAACUUCACACCCAAGAAUGGGAUCACACCUCUUCAUAUUGCAUCCAGGAGAGGAAAUGUCAUCAUGGUCAGACUUCUGCUGGACCGAGGAGCUAAGAUUGACGCCAAGACAAAAGAUGAGUUGACUCCUCUUCACUGUGCUGCCAGAAAUGGUCAUGUGAGAAUAAUCGAGAUCCUUCUGGACCAAGGAGCUCCAAUACAUGCCAAGACCAAGAAUGGCCUGUCUCCAAUACACAUGGCAGCCCAGGGUGAUCAUCUGGACUGUAUCAGACAGCUGUUACAGUACAAUGCCGAGAUUGAUGACAUCACUCUAGACCACCUGACCCCACUGCAUGUGGCAGCACACUGUGGACAUCAUCGCAUGGCCAAGGUUCUCCUGGAUAAAGGAGCCAAGCCAAACACCCGUGCUCUGAAUGGCUUCACACCGCUCCACAUUGCCUGUAAGAAGAACCACGUGCGUGUAAUGGACCUGCUGUUAAAGCAUUCUGCAUCCCUGGAGGCUGUAACAGAGUCAGGAUUGACCCCGCUGCAUGUGUCCUCCUUCAUGGGUCAUCUGAAUAUAGUGAAGAUACUGAUGCAAAAAGGAGCUUCACCACAUGCCUCAAACGUGAAAGUGGAAACACCUCUGCACAUGGCGUCUCGAGCGGGUCACUGUGAAGUUGCUGAGUUCCUGUUGCAAAACGCAGCCCCAGUGGACGCCAAAGCCAAGGAUGACCAGACGCCGCUACACUGUGCCGCCCGCAUGGGCCACAACGAGAUGGUGAAGCUGCUGUUGGAGCACAAGGCAAACCCCAACUCCACCACAACAGCAGGACACACUCCACUGCACAUCGCCUCCCGUGAGGGACACACACAGACUGCCAGCAUCCUACUGGACAUGAACGCCCAGCUCACCAAAAUGACCAAGAAAGGCUUCACUCCUCUUCAUGUAGCAGCCAAAUACGGGAAGGUGGAUCUAGCAGUGCUGCUUUUGGAGAGAGGAGCCAACCCAAAUGCUGCAGGCAAAGCUGGACUCACUCCGCUGCAUGUGGCCAUCCAUCAUAACAACCUGGACGUGGUCAAUCUCUUGCUCAGUAAAGGAGGCUCACCACACAGUACGGCUCGGAAUGGCUAUGCUCCGCUGCACAUUGCUUCCAAACAGAACCAGGUGGAGGCAGCGAGCAGCUUACUGCAGCACGGAGCUUCUGCCAAUGCUGAGUCAUUGCAAGGGGUCACACCGCUACACCUAGCCUCCCAGGAGGGCCAAGCAGACAUGGUGCUGCUGCUUAUCUCAAAACAAGCCAAUGUCAAUCUGGGCAACAAGAGUGGUCUGACUCCUCUUCACCUCGUGGCUCAGGAGGGGCAUGUUGGCAUUGCUGAUAUACUAGUGAAACACGGGGCGUCCGUCUACGCUGCCACACGGAUGGGUUACACUCCGCUCCAUGUAGCUUGUCAUUACGGCAAUGUCAAGAUGGUUAAAUUCCUCUUACAGCAACAGGCCAAUGUAGACUGCAAGACCAGGAUGGGGUACACCCCGCUACAUCAGGCUGCUCAGCAGGGCCAUACGGACAUUGUGACACUUCUCCUGAAACACGGCGCCCAGCCGAAUGAAAUGACGACUAAUGGAACAUCAGCUCUGGCCAUCGCAAAGCGUCUUGGAUACAUCUCAGUCAUUGAUGUGCUCAAACUGGUCACCGAAGACACCGUUACAAUGACCACCACUGAAAAACAUCGCAUGAGUUUCCCGGAGACAGUUGAUGAGAUCCUGGAUGUGUCUGAAGAUGAAGGAAUUGCACAGCUAACAUUAGGCGAGGAGCUGCUGGGGAACGAUGGUGCCAGGUAUUUGAAGAUGGAGGACAUAAAGGACCAUGAUGAGGAUUUCCUUUCCCCCAAGAAUGUUCUAGAGAAUCAUUCCCCUGCUCUUCCAAGAAUCCCAUGUGUGUCUCCUGAAACAGUCAUACUGAAAGAACACGAGAUGGAGCAGCAGCACACUCCUCUUCCUCUGCUCAAGGAUUACGAUGAGGAUUCGCUGAUCCCCAGCAGUCCGGCCACAGAGACGUCAGACAAUGUCAGUCCGGUGGCGAGCCCCAUCCACACCGGCUUCCUUGUGAGCUUCAUGGUGGAUGCUCGUGGCGGCUCGAUGAGAGGCAGCAGACACAAUGGCCUGCGUGUCAUCAUUCCUCCUCGUACCUGUGCCGCUCCGACACGCAUCACCUGCCGCCUGGUGAAGCCGCAGAAACUUGCCACUCCACCUCCUCUGGUGGAGGGUGAGGGUCUUUCCAGCCGUAUCAUCUCUCUCGGUCCAGCAGGCAUGCAGUUCUUAGGGCCUGUGAUUGUGGAGAUUCCCCAUUUCGCGGCCCUCGGUCGGGGAGAUCGUGAGCUGGUGGUCUUGAGAAGUGAGAACGGAUCGGUCUGGAAGGAGCAUCGCAAUCGUUAUGGUGACGAGGUCCUGGAGACCAUCCUCAAUGGCAUGGAUGAAGAUCUUGAGAGUCAGGAGGAACUUGGGAAGAAGAGGAUCAGGCGCAUCAUCUCGACUGACUUCCCUCUCUACUUUGCGGUGGUGUCCCGUAUCCAGCAGGAGAACGAUCUGAUUGGCCCAGAAGGGGGUUUUCUCGCCAGUAAGCUGGUGCCCAUGGUCCAGGCCAGUUUUCCUGAGACUGCCGUCACCAAGCGAGUCCGUCUCGGACUGCAGGCCCAGCCAGUCCCUGAUGAGCUGGUGGCCAAACUUCUGGGGAACCAAGCCACUUUCGGCCCUGUGGUGACAGUAGAGCCUCGUCGGCGCAAGUUUCACCGUCCCAUCGGCCUGAGGAUCCCUCUGCCUCCCUCCUGGAGGGAGAGUCCGCGGGACGCAGGCGAGGGCGACACCACCAGCCUCCGCCUGCUCUGCAGCGUCAUCGGUGGCACAGCUCCUGCCCAGUGGGAAGAUAUAACUGGUACCACCAAACUUCUGUAUGCCAAUGACUGUGCCAAUUUCACCACUAAUGUCUCUGCCCGUUUCUGGCUGGCAGACUGUCCUCGGACCGCAGAGGCCGUGACCUUUGCUAACCUCCUGUACCGCGAGCUGACAGCCGUGCCAUACAUGGCCAAAUUUGUAGUUUUUGCAAAGAUGAAUGAAGCCCGAGAGGGCCGACUCCGCUGUUACUGCAUGACUGAUGACAAAAUGGACAAAACCCUGGAGCAGCACGAGAACUUUACUGAAGUGGCUCGCAGCAGAGACAUAGAGGUCAUGGAGGGAAUGCCGCUGUAUUUGGAGUGUUCAGGAAACUUGGUUCCCAUUAGGAAGGCGGCCCAGCAGCCCCGCUGUUUUAACUUCCAAGCCUUCAAAGACAACAGACUGCCUGUGUCUGUCAAAGUGAGGGACAGCAGCAAAGAUCCCUCUGGCUUUUUGUCUUUCCUGCGCAAAUCAACCAAAUAUGAAGAUAAUCAGCAUGUGUUGUGCAACCUCAACGUUACCAUGCCGCCAUGCAUUAAGAUUAUAGGAAGUGAUGAGCGAAGGAGAACGCUGACUCCUUUGGCUCUGAGGGAAAGAUACAGUGCUCUAAAUGAACCAGCCAUGGCAUCACUGAGCGCCAUGGAAAGGACGGAGUUAAAGAUGGCUUUAAUAGCUGAACAGCUAGGCCUGAGCUGGGCUGAGUUGGGACGUGAACUGCAGUUUAAUGUAGAUGAAAUAAAUAAGAUCCGUGUGGAGAAUCCCAACUCCCUUUUAGAGCAGAGCUCGACACUGCUCAACCUGUGGGCCGCUCGAGAGGGGAAGAGAGCCAAAAUGGACAGCCUGUACAUGGCCCUCAAGAGCAUUGACCGAAUGGACAUUGUGAACAUGUUGGAGGGCCAGGGACCACCCACAGGUCAGCAGGGGGGCUGGGAGCAAGAUACUUCCAGGUCUAGGCAUCAAGAGAGAGACCAUCUAUCCCCUGGCAUCACAAAUGGUUACGGGCUGGUGAUACAGGAAGAACUAGUUUCACCGGCCUCCAUGCAGUACAGUCUACCUUCGCCACUGGGCAAUGAUCCCUACUGGCAAGAAGUCUCAAGCAUGGAGUGUGCACCCAUCGCUACCACUGAAGAGGACACACUCAUGGAGAUGUCUGAGGUACAGGUUUGGCCCUCAGGCAAUAGUCCUUCCAUUGUGGCUGUAGAGGACUCUUCACUGGAGUGCAGCAAUGCUGAUGACUCUGAGGCGCUACUGAACAGGAGUCUGGGCCCCUCGAGGAGUGGGACUCCCGGUGCAAACGGACCAGUGGGACUUUCUGCUCAGGGAGGGUUAAGUGGUUCCAUCGAGUUGCUUGAGGAUCAAUCCAUUGGGGCAGAUUCAGAUUACAGUCCUGCUGGGAUGCUGUGUCUGAGUGAAGGAGUCAACAUCAAUGCUCUGGACAGAGGUCAGGGUUUGGAGAGGUCAGAAGGGGCUGUAGGUCAAGAAGUCAGCAACACUAAAGACAGUUCCAGUGCAGGUUUGGGAGAAGGAGGAGGUGACGGCACAAUCUUAGAAGAUAGCAUAUCUCUCAUUUCAGGGCAACAGCGAGUUUAUACUCGAAUGAGUGAUUCACCUGGGCUAAGAAGACGGGCAGAUCCUGGUGAUGACAGGUUAAGUGGUGGGUCCUUCCUGUCUUAUCUACAGGAUCAGGGGGCUCCUGGUUGGCACUCGGCCCCAGAAUCAACCCAGAAUAGAGUGGGGUCUCUACAAUGCUCCCUGCCUAGACAGGCAAUGGAGUCUAUGAUGUCAUCAGUACAAGCCACGGUGGACUGUGAUUCUAAGCAGUCUUGCCUAGCCCAGGAAGCCCUAAUUGAACCAGUGCGGGACAUGGGGCAUUCUGAGAUCAUCCAUGGGCAUUAUCAGGGAACUCAGCCUUUUGAGAAAGGACUAGGCUUCCCGCACAGAACAGCUAACAUUCGUGGUUGGGAGGACAUGCGUCUAAGAGGACAGGGUGAUGAGGCUGAAGAUCUUCCAGGAGAGCAAGUGAGCGAGGAGCAAUUUACAGAUGAGCAUGGCAACAUCGUCACCAAGAAGAUUGUGAGGAAGGUGGUCCGGAGAGGAAAAGGGGAGGAAGGGGGUCAGGAGCUCAUCAUAGAAGGGCUGCCGCAGGAUAUCAAUGAGCCAGAUGUUGAUGGAGAACAGUACAUGAGCUAUGCCGUCCUUGGCCGUGACAGCAAGCCGGAUGUUGUGGAUGUGAAGAGGGGUGGUGCUCAAAUAGUCAAAUGUGCGAGUCUGCGGAGAGUAAAGCAGUGAGUCUGACUCGCUCCUCCCUGCAGGACUUGACAUCUACACCCAAACCAUCCUUCACUGGCACAUGAUGGGCGUCAAAUAAAGAAGAAAACCAAACUAGAGCGCUGGUGAUAGGAUAUCAACUACGAAAAAGAGAUUUUAGGACUUUUUUAACAAGCAAAACAAACACUAGUGGCUAGAGGCAUGAUUUCUUAUAAAAAUGAAACCACAUCGUAAAAAAAAAGCAAGCAUUUGAGAAGUUCUUCCUGUAAUCUCAAUAUCAGCAUGUGAAAGUGCUGUCGCAUGGCCUGCCUUUACAAACAGCACUGACUGCAAGCAAUGAUGAGGUGAGAAAAUACUGUCGUAACGCAAGGGCUGUUACCUGCUGGGGGGAAGGACUCUGGCCAACUGGAUGUGGUUUGGGGCACGUGGGACACAAAAGCUAGAGUUUCCUGAUAUUUAGUCUUCCAGAACACAGUACUAGUCUGACCCUCUUGUACUGGUAUUAUACAUAAUAUGCACUCAAAUAUGAUGUGAAUGUACCCUC